ACCAAACAUUGCCCGCCCAUCAUGUCCGCUACAACUACUAUUGCGCCAUCGACAGAUUUAUCGCUUGGUAAAAGUGAGAAGCCGGAAGCUUCCCAUGCUGUUCAAGCCAUCUCACAAGGGGUUCCUCUUCCCGGAAUCCCCUCCUUCACGUCUAUCGACAAAAAGCGACGAUGGAUGCUGGAGCACAUGGCCGGAGCAUUUCGGGUUUUUGGGCGUAACGGAUAUGGAGAAGGAAUGGCCGGUCAUAUCUCUCUGCGUGACCCAGAGCAUUCAGACUGCUUCUGGACUAAUCCACUAGGAGUCCACUUUAGCUUGGUCAAGGUGUCAGAUCUUAUUCUACUCAAUCACAGCGGCGAACCCGUAGGUGGAAACCUGAAACGACCGGCCAACGCAGCCGGAUUCCAGAUCCACGGCCAUUUGCACCGGAAAUAUCCCCAUGUCAAUGCGGCGUGUCACGCGCAUUCAGUCAAUGGCAAGGCAUGGUCGACCUUUGCCCGGCCUUUAGACAUGAUCAACCAAGAUGUGGCCAUGUUUUAUGGAGAGGCGCAGGCAGUUUAUCCCGAGUUUGGCGGUGUCGUGUUCGAUCCGGAGGAAGGGGAGCGCUUGGCCAAGGCACUUGGACCCAAAGGGAAGCUCCUUAUCUUGCGGAACCAUGGGCUUUUAACCGUGGGUCAAACUGUUGACGAAGCCGCGUAUCUCUUUACCUUGGCUGAAAGGAGCUGUGAGAUUCAGCUUAAGGUGGAUGCAGCCGCUGCUGCUGGUAUUCCCAAGCAAAUAAUUGAUGAUAAAGUGUCUGAGUAUACUUUUCAGAUGACCAGUGAGCCGGAGGCACAUUACUGCGAAUUCCAGCCCGCGUAUGAUCUAGAGCUAGAGAUGUCCGGGGGUAGAUUUUUAGAGUAAUUUGGCUUAACAAUGCCAUUUCCCUUGAUUUGUCUCCCGGGUUAUUUUCUCAGUAGUAUCAAUCUUCAACUUGAAUGUUGAGCAUAUAUGUAAAAUUGAUACGACCG